AUGGCUGCUCAGAUGCAAGAUGAUGAGUGGGCUUCACAAAGGAGGGGGCAGAUGUUGUCAUUGUUCACUGAACCGACAGUACUAGCUGAAGAUACAGGGGCUGAUGCAGAUGCAGAGGAGGGAAACCAUGGUGCUCAAAAGAUUGUUGUUGACUGGAAUGUAGUAGAGUUGAAUGAAAAAAUAGAUUUAGUCAUUGCACCAAUAUCUGACAUUGAAAUGGCCAAAAUGUUUGGCAUUCCAGUUGAUGACAGAGAUGAAGGCCAUGCAACUGAGGAUGACAGUUCUUUGCCUGCACAUGAGAACCCAGUUGUUGAGGUUGGAAAGUUGUGGCCAAAUAUGAAUGAGUUUAGGAUGUCUUUUAGGACCUAUGCAGUGAAAAAAGAGUUUGAUGCCAAGACUAUGUGGACUGACAGGAAGAAAUUUUAUGCUAGGUGCAAAGGCUAUGAUGGUGGUGGAAAUCCAUGCAAAUGGUACAUAUCUGCCAGACUACAACCUGAUGGCAGUACAGUCAGGGUAAAUCAAAUACCAAACCAGCAUACAUGUAUGACCACUUCACAGAGAGUUUCAAAUAUGACAAACCAGCUUUGGAUUACAGAGAAGAUUACUCCUAUUUUAGCAAAAACUCCAAACACUACUGCAAAAAGGCUUAAAGUGGACUUGGAGAAGCUGUACCCCAUCAAACUGAAAUAUACCACAGUUUGGAAGGCAAAACAAAGGGCAAUGAAAUCAUUGUAUGGUGACUGGGCAAAUACAUUUAGGAUGUUGUAUAGCUUUAAAGCUGAGGUGGAGAAGAGGUCACCUGGAAGUGUGGUGGAGAUAGAUACAGAGGUUACAGAGGAUGGCAGUGUUUACUUCAGCAAGUUUUUUAUGUGUUUGAAGCCUUGCAUAGAUGGAUUCAAAGCAGGAUGUCGUCCAUAUUUGAGCAUAGACUCUUCUUUUUUGACUGGCAAGUGGAAUGGUCAGUUGGCUGCAUGCAAUGCUUUGGAUGGACACAACUGGAUGUUCCCAAUUGCAAUUGGACUGUUUCAAUCAGAGACAGAGGCAAGCUGGACAUGGUUCAUGAUGCAACUGAAAAGAUGCAUAGGGCCAGUUUCACCUUUGGCCAUCCACACAGAUGCAUGUAAAGGGCUGGAAAAUGCUGUAAAAAAUGUUUUCCCCCAUGCUGAGUAG